AGUGUUAAUACAAUUUUAGAGAGGACUCACAUUGGCCUGAUAGCUUAAAGAGUGCGGGUCAAUUUUUUUUUGUUUGAUAGUGAUACUGCUAUCGUUAAUAUUUAUUUUAUCUCCCUUAAUUUAUUCAAAAAAAUAUAUUAUUUAUAGAAAUAUAUUUUAUUGUGGAUUUUCACAGUUUGGUCCCCUUAUUUAUUUCAAAAUUAUUUCCUAAUUAAAAUUUUUAUCUAUAUGAUUUGAUAUAUUUUUACUUCGUAGUUUCAUUUGAAGUGUAACGAAUCGUUAAUUAAACUUCGUUGUUAUUUUUAAAUAUGAAGAUUUUCUUAAUGUUUAUUAUUUACGUAUUGCAGCAGGAAAUACAGGCUUUUCCUGACAGUCGUGCGUCGUAUAAUUACGAAGAAAGUUCAAUGGGAUUCAAUAAUUUCCGUAGUUCAAAUGAACGACAUAUCCGUUUCAGUUCGCCAGAAUCAGAUAAAAUAAUAUUUCCCACCGAAAAACCUUCAGAGCCUGAAAUUAAUUACACGCCAGAAUUAGCUCCUGGUUGUUAUAACUCAACGUUUUGCGAGUAUGUACCAAAUUAUCCAAAGGAGUAUGUUAAGCAUACUAUUAAAAAUAUGGAAGAUUUAAAAUAUUUGUCUUUUGUAGAUGAGUCACCUGAAAUUAGUCAACGAAUUGAUCUUCCUGAAGAUGAUUCUCUGUGUACUGUUGAUUCAACAGUAAUAUUUCCAAAGUCAGCUCGAAAUAAACAAAACGAAUGGCUGUUUAUAAUUAAUGAAAAUAGUUUUCUUCAGGGUGUUCGUAUUGAAAGAUGCGUAGCUGAAAACACCAGUUGUAAACUGAUAGAGGGAUUCGCCGAAGGUUACAUGACAAGCUGUAGACAAAAAUUUAUUUAUCGUCAAUUAGCAGCAAUAACAACGAAUGGAACAGUCGGGCCAGAUUGGUUUUCAUUCCCAUCAAGUUGUUGUUGCCAUGUUAAAUUUAACGGGAAUCCGCUGCAGAGGAUUGCCAGCGCCAGAAUGAGCAUCAACAAUAACAAUAACAACUAAGAUAAGAAGAAUUCAUUCAUCACACGUUCAACCGUUUCCUCACGUUCUGAUUAUGCGGAAAGAUGAAAUGAAGUUUUAUAAUUAGCUCAAUAAUUUAACCAAGCCACUAUAAUUUUAAGUAUUAAUUUUUUUUCAUUUCAAUAAACUUCAAUUAUUAAUUUAAA